AUGGCGAUGUCCAAAUACGAGAACAUCAUCUGGGAGGAGAAGAUCAAAGAGCAGAUCUUGUCUCACGCCCGUAUCUUGUACUCUCAGAAGUUAAACCCAAACUCCAUACUCGAUGUCGUCAAUACCACUUCCAAGCUGCCCGGGUACUCGUUCGUAGCCUACACAUCCCACGUUGUCGACAUAGACGCACCAAAAAACACUGGGUGGAGAGUUCUAUUGUCGAGUCGGGAGUGCAUGUCUCUUGGAGAAUGCCUAGAGGAGACGCUACAGACUCUGCAAGACCUUCUGCGACCUCGCUUGCAGCCCUUUGCACGGCCGGCGUACACGGAGAACAACAACCUGGCUAGGCGUUCUAUCAAACAGCAACGACGCGUAGAGUCAAAUAGGUCGGCAGAUGCGUUCCUAGCUGCUCUUGCAGAUGAAGUUCAGGAAAAUUCAGCCAGUAAGAAGCGGAGGCGAUACUAG